GACAUUUCUCCACAUACCACCGAAAAUUAAAGAAAACGAAAUAAUUCCAUGACAAUUAAAUGAAAAGGUGGUAAAUAAAUUUUAUACUGAAAAAAAAAAAAAAAAAAAAAAGUUGCAAAAGCAGAGGAACAAAGGAGAAUGGGUUUCUUUGCUUUACUUAUCUUUUUCUUGCAUCCUAUGCUAAGCAUCUAUUCUCGCUUUUGCGCUCUUUUUCCUCUCUCAUUCUUUACCUUCUUGUUUAUCUUUGUUUUAUUCUGUUCAUCUUUUCUCUCAGGGUACUGUGUUCUCUUGCUAUUAGUGUAUGAGUGAUUCGAAGUGUAUAUUUUCCACACAUUUCUUGAACUGAAAUGCUGAUCAAGCUUGAAGAUCCUGUCUUUGUUGAGUUCUUGUCCAAAAUUGAUAAUUAUCGUGCUCAAAUUGAUCUUGAAUCAACUUUUCUUCAACUUCAAAUGUUUUGAAAUUCGCAUCGAUCAGAUUCUUGAAAAAUUCUCAAGUUUGGUUCCUAACUAAUCUCCUCAAAAUUGGGUUCCCAAUUCCAUGGGACUCUGUCAUGGAAAACCCACUGAGCCGCCGCAAAACCUGUCUGAAAAUCCGGGUGUCCACGUGCAAAAUGACAGUUCCUCAACCGGCAAAACGCCCAAGUUUCCGUUCUACAGCCCGAGUCCGCUGCCGAGCGCGUUCAAGAAUUCGCCGGCGAAUUCCGGCAGUGUUACUUCAACUCCUCUGCGAUUUUUCAAGCGCCCAUUUCCGCCGCCGUCGCCGGCUAAGCACAUCAAGGCCUUGCUUGCUCGGCGGCAUGGCUCCGUGAAGCCGAAUGAGGCCACCAUUCCUGAGGGGAGUGAGUGUGAGGUUGUUGGUUUGGACAAGAAUUUUGGGUUUUGCAAGAAUUUCACAAGCCAUUAUACUUUUGGGGAAGAGCUCGGCAGGGGGCAUUUUGGUUACACCUCAGCAGCUGUAGGGAAGAAGGGCGGCUUGAAAGGGCAGGAUGUGGCUGUUAAGGUCAUCCCAAAAUCAAAGAUGACUACUGCAAUCGCAAUAGAGGACGUUAGAAGGGAGGUAAAGAUACUACGAGCUCUAACAGGGCAUACAAACUUGGUGCAAUUCUACGAGGCGUAUGAGGAUGAAGACAAUGUAUACGUAGUGAUGGAGUUAUGCAAAGGAGGAGAAUUACUCGAUCGGAUACUUUCUAGGGGUGGCAAAUACGCUGAAGAAGAUGCAAAAACCAUCAUGGUACAGAUUUUAAAUGUGGUUGCCUAUUGCCAUCUUCAGGGUGUCGUCCACCGUGACCUAAAACCCGAGAAUUUUCUCUUUACUUCAAAAGACGAGAAUUCCUGCCUGAAGGCCAUCGACUUUGGACUCUCUGAUUAUGUAAAGCCAGAUGAAAGGCUGAAUGAUAUUGUUGGAAGUGCUUACUACGUGGCACCUGAAGUCUUGCACAGAUCAUACGGAACGGAGGCUGAUAUGUGGAGUAUCGGUGUCAUUGCUUAUAUACUUCUUUGUGGAAGCAGACCUUUCUGGUCGAGAACAGAAUCUGGAAUAUUCAGAGCUGUUCUAAAGGCUGACCCGAGCUUUGAUGAAGCCCCUUGGCCUUCCUCAUCUCCGGAUGCUGUAGAUUUCGUGAAAAGAUUGUUGAACAAGGAUUAUCGUAAAAGGCUAACAGCAGCCCAGGCUCUUAGUCAUCCGUGGCUGGCCAGUAUCCAAGACUUGAAGAUUCCUCUGGAUAUGAUAGCAUAUAAGCUCGUAAAAGCUUACGUAUGCUCUUCUUCUCUGAGGAAGGCUGCUUUAGGGGCUCUUGCAAGAACACUCACAAUUCCACAGUUGACAUAUCUUCGCGAACAGUUCACAUUGUUAGGGCCAAACAGAAGUGGAUUAAUAUCCCUUCAGAACUUCAAAUCAGCAAUUGCAAAGAACUCCACUGAUGCGAUGAAGGAAUCGCGGGUUCUAGAAUAUGUCAACGUGAUAAGUUCUCUUCAAUACAAAAAAAUGGAUUUUGAAGAAUUUUGUGCGGCAGCAAUAAGCGUAUAUCAGCUGGAAGUGACAGUGAGCUGGGAGCAACAUGCACGCCUCGCUUAUGAUUUCUUCGAGAAGGAUGGAAACAGGCCUAUUAUGAUAGAAGAACUCGCCUCAGAACUCGGGCUUAGUCCAUCCGUUCCUGUCCACGUAGUGCUGAAGGAUUGGAUAAGGCACGGGGAUGGGAAGCUCAGCUUCUUGGGGUUUGUUCGACUUCUUCAUGGAAUCUCUUCCCGAUCACUUCAGAAGGCUUGAAUGAUAGCCGAGCUACACGCCUGCUUAUGGUGGUGUUGACAGAUUUGGAUGCCUUGACAAGAUAGAGAGAGCAUGGAAAGAAUGUUAGAAUUGCACAAAGAAGCCAUAGCCAUUUUUCUGCAUUCUUGGUGCAGUAUAUAUUUUGUCCUUGUAAUAUAUUUGGCUGAGGAUUGUACAGAUAUGAGAGUAGAUGAUAAAAGAGAAACAGCUCACUGCUGAAGAGAUUUUGAGUUGGUUGUGUAUUGCUAUGUACUUUGUUUCUUUCACUUUAUGAAGAGUUUUUUUCAA